CUUCUCCCGCGGCAGCCUCAGCUGGCCGCGACUGCGCAUGCGUACUGACGCCCCCACCGGGCCCCGCGUGGGAGGAGUGGAUGGAAAUGAGGCUGGGCAGAGCAACUCGCGCCCCCUCCCUCCCCUCCCGUCGCUGGGCGCGCGCCGGGAGGUGCAGCUCCGCCGCGUCCGAGGGCAGCGCAGCAGCUGCAGCGGCCGCUGCGGGAGGGGCCCGGAGCCCCGCCCCCGGGGAGGGGCCUUCCGCAGGUCUCCCCUCUACCCUCCACGCUGGGGAUGAAAUUUAGCGACAAGAAGGAAGCAGUUCACGCGGCGUCCAUGGACUGAGACUAAACCGCGACUCCGGCUCCGCCGGCCCGCAAGCAACACCUGCCCUGCCUUUGGAUUCCAGACUUAAGACCUCACUCCUAAAACACUGGUCCGUGAUUUUAGGCCCUAUAGCCUAUCCCCAUCAGCCUGAUCAUCACCGGCGUGGCCUAGCUCCCUCUGGGUUCCUGGGCCAGCAAGAUGCUGGAACGAGAUGCGGAGUCCGCGGCCGGGGACACGGAUCCUAGUCCCACCGGCAAGGAACCUAUAACCAAAGGAGGAGCUCCCCACCAGGGCUCGCCGCAGAAGCCCAGCCCGUCGGUUCCCGGGCCUGCCACGUCCGCGGGGGCGCCUUCUCGACCCCGCCGGCGGCCCCCGCCCCAGCGCCCGCACCGCUGCCCCGACUGUGACAAGGCCUUCUCGUACCCGUCCAAGCUGGCCACGCACCGGCUGGCACAUGGCGGCGCCCGCCCGCAUCCGUGCCCCGAUUGCCCCAAGGCCUUCUCCUACCCCUCCAAGCUGGCAGCUCAUCGCCUCACGCACAGUGGUGCCCGCCCACACCCGUGCCCACACUGCCCCAAAGCCUUUGGCCACCGCUCCAAGCUGGCCGCCCACCUCUGGACCCAUGCGCCUGCCCGCCCCUACCCGUGCCCGGACUGCCCCAAGUCCUUCUGCUACCCCUCCAAGCUCGCAGCCCACCGCCACACCCACCACGCCACCGACGCCCGCCCUUAUCCUUGCCCGCACUGCCCCAAGGCUUUUUCCUUCCCCUCCAAACUGGCCGCCCAUCGCCUGUGUCAUGACCCCCCCACGGCGCCGGGCAGCCAGGCCACGGCCCGGCAUCGCUGCUCCAGCUGCGAUCAGGCCUUUGGCCAAAGACGCCUCCUGCUCCUUCACCAACGCAGCCACCACCAGGCUGAGAGCCAGGGGGAGCGCGAGUGAGCCCUCCCCUUGGCUCACAGCGCCCCCCUGCCGCCAGCCCAGGUCAAUGAAGAGGUGGCAUUUCUAAGCUGGGCUGUAUGGACUUGCCUCUCUGCUCCACGCUGGGCUCAAACUUACCGGGCUGAGGACUUCUGCUCACCUGUUUGGGGAAGGGAAAGGUGUCACCCAUAGUUAGCACUGGGCCCCAAACUAUGGGUUUGGAGCUGUGGGUUCAAAGCAAGUCCUGGCUCCGGUUUUUUCCCUCCUAUUCAUAAGGCAAAAGUAAAAAGUCUGCUAGCACCGGGGGUUGGUGAGGAAUGUGGGGAAACAGGGUCUCUCCUUAUUGUGAGUUAAAUUGGUGCCUGCAUUUUGGCCGUUUUGACUGUAUCUAUAAAAAAUUUUAAAUGC